AGUGUGAAUAACAAAAACGUUUGGUCAUUUUAUAAAGUUAGUCAAGGGACUUCGGACAUUUAAAUCCACUUUCUAUGGAAUUAUAACAAGUGAUCAAGUUUAAUAUUUAGUUUCAUCAACAGACUUAAAGCUGGCAGCCUCCAUGAUGAAUAAACCUGCAGGAACUUCUAGUCGUAUAUUAACAGAUGUACCAUGUAAAGUUUGUCAAGACCACUCUUCAGGGAAACAUUAUGGAAUAUAUGCAUGUGAUGGGUGUGCUGGAUUCUUUAAGAGGUCAAUAAGACGAAACAGGCAAUAUGUAUGUAAAUCGAGAGGACAGGGCGCUUGCCCAGUAGAUAAAACUCACAGAAAUCAAUGUCGUGCUUGCCGGCUAAAGAAAUGUGUUGAUGCAGGAAUGAAUAAAGAUGCUGUUCAGCAUGAACGUGGUCCUAGAAAUUCAACAAUUAGACGACAAGUUGCCAUGUAUUUGAAAGAGUCAAGUGAAUAUAACGCAAUGAUGAUGCACUCUGCCUAUCGACCACCAUAUCUAACCGGAUGUAUGGGUAUUGAACCAAUCCAAGAACACAUUGCUGCAUAUUCACCUUCUGGACCCCCAUCACCGGUCACGCCUGGAUCGAUUUGUCAACCAACUCCUAAAUAUCCACAUGAACUAAUGCCUGCUGUGUAUCCAAUGGCUAGCCCAGAUGCCAUAUGUGAAGUAGCUGCCAGACUUCUCUUCAUGAGUGUAAAAUGGACAAAAAGUGUUCCAGCUUUUGUUGGUUUACCUUAUCGUGAUCAAGUUUUAUUAUUGGAAGAAGGAUGGAGGGAGCUAUUUGUGUUAGGAGCUGCUCAGUUUCAGCUGCCGCUCGAGCCUGGUGCUCUUCUAGCUAGCGCAGGAGUGUCUGCCGAAGACACAACAUCAGAGAAGGUUGUGAACUUGAUGACAGAAAUUAGAGCAUUCCAAGAAAUUCUUGGCAAACUAAAAAGUCUGCAAGUUGAUCCGACAGAGUACGCCUGUUUGAAAGGAAUAGUGUUAUUCAAAACAGCGUUUCCAGAUUCAAGUUCUUCAGACCCAAAAGUUUUAAGAGACUUUCAUACCGUGGCUGGAUUACAAGACCAGGCACAACUAACAUUAAGUAAAUACAUUCAAACAACUUAUCCUUCACAGCCAUUUAGAUUUGGCAAACUGCUUUUAUCAAUACCAACCCUAAAAACAAUAUCAUCAAACACAAUUGCUGAUCUCUUCUUUAGAAAGACAAUAGGGCGUAUACCAAUAGAAAGGCUCCUUACAGAUAUGUUCAAAUCAAGUGACUUUUGACCAAUCAGAUUAAUGAGUCAAUGAUACCUUAUCAUAGUAUGCAGUCCGCGAUGGCGGUUCAGUGCGAGAGGGUUAGAUCGUGCUGAGUAAACUGAGAACAAACACCAAGCCUUGCACUGGUUUUGACAAUUAUAAAAGUUUUAGAAACUGUACAACAAAAUAGCAAUACAAAUAUCCGGAGUUUAUUUAUAUUUCUUAUGUUUAUGCAAUUUGUGUGUGAAAUAUAUAUACGGAAAAGGAUGUUUGCUUUUUGAACUAAAAUGAUAUGAUUUAUUAGGUUUUAAUUUUUCUAUCAUAGUUAGAUCAAUUGAUCAGUUUUGAAAUUAAACCAGACGGUCUGAACUUUUAAUUUGUUUACUUGUUUGUUCAAAAAAUUAGUGCUUGAAUAUACUGAUUUUCUUGCUAAUUCUUAUGUGCUAAUUUAUGAACUGUGCAUAUUAGAUGUUUUAUUUUAUGUGGUGCAGAAAAGUAGGGCAAAUUUUACCAUGAUUUUGUGUUCACGUGAUCAGUGCUGUAUUAUUUUUGUACAUGUAUAUUUAUGAGAUAAAUUAUCAUUCUAUGCAUAAUUAUUAUACUUUUACAAUUUUAUACUAUACAUAUUUCUAUCAUACAAUCAUUAUUCAAUCAUUUAACCGAUGUUAUAGUCUGUAUAUAUAUAUUAUUUUCUUGUCACAUUUAAUCAAAAUUAUACUUAUAUACUUGUUAAAUAUUGAUGUUUUACGCGGGCUUAUUAUUUGAAAAUUUAAAUAUUUACGUAUUUUAGUAGACAUUUUGUGAAGGUGACUUGGUACACACUUUUUUUCUGACUUUACUUGGUGCAAACAGACCGUACAAUUCAUUUUAUUUUAUAGAAUAUUCGUUGAUGAAUCUCAGUGCAUACGCAUUAUUCAAUAGAUCUAUCUAAUCGUAUUGAUGUUACAUUUGUAAUCACACUAUCUAUGCAAUUAAUUGUUAUCAUUUUUAGCAGGUGAAUAGGAUAAUAUAUUGUUUGUUAUUGCCUCUCUUUCAUUUUUGAAGCCUCUCUUUCAUAUUUACUAUAAACCUCUUUUUCAUUUGUUCGAGAUCUCAAAAAUUGUGAUGUUCUUCUUCGUUUACAAUUACUUUUAAUCGUUAAUCAUAAGAAAAAAAAAUCGUUAUCGUUAAUGUUCACCAUCAUACGAAUCAAAGUUAUCUUUUUAUUACCAAAACUUUGGCGGUUGUUUCAAAAACUUUUUGAAUAUAAGUUUUUACAAAAUUGCAAAUGCAUUCUAGAACAAGAACCACGAAUAUAAGAUAAAUGCCAUUUCCAAAUAUGUGUCAUUCUUUAAUUUUUAUGAUUCUUUGACUACAUUAAAAAAAAUCCAUUCACCUGAAGUUAGAACGUGUUUUUAUUGGUGCACUAAAACACUUAGAUCAGUUAGUUGAAUCAAAUUGCGAAUCACAAUCUUGAAGUGUUUGCGUGCAAUAUUAGUACAUUGUCAUAAAGUCAUAAGUCUCAGAGAUAUAUGUGCUCAAUUUUGUU